AUGCCUCCCCUGCUCACCUCUUGGUCUUCUGCGUUUCUCCUGUCCUUCGUUUAUAUUCUUCCGGUCUCUGGACAUAGUGACUUUCAGACAAAACGCUCGGGCACUAUCAAUGACCGACCACCGCUAGACAAGGCACUUUUAGGAAUCCAGGUCGGCAGCAUUUGUGCUGCCUACGUGAUCUUCGUUGCCGUUCUCCUUGGUCUACUACUCCUGGUCGGGCGUCGACUACGACGGACUGUUCAGUCCUCAAACUAUUCUCUGCAGAUGCAGAUGCUGAAGCCAGUAAAGCAACCUGUCAGCCUAGACCCUAGUCCGAUCUCUCCCGUCUCGCACAACCUACCCAGUCCCACAUUGGCCCAUCAGCCUACUUCCUCGUGGGGAAGUAUUCAGCGUGGAAACAGACCUUCGCAGACAUCUGUGAACGGCAGUAUGGUAAGAAUCGAUGAAUCCGUGGUCGCUUCGGACCGACAAAGGGCCCAGGACCAGAUGGAGAUGUUAUAUGCUGCAGUUAUGGAGCACGAUGCCCAAAAGGCCUCUGGGCUCGAUGUCUCUGUUCGAGAUCGAGACUCCCAGAGCCAAUCCCCGGACAGUCAAUAUACCAAUCCUUUCACCGAUCGGCACGCCUCAUAUGCCACGGAGCAGCCGCCCAUGCCGCCUCUGAAGUCUCCCAAGUCCCCAAGAUUUUCAAACGGCUCUCGCUUGUCCAAGCUGUUUAACUCAAAUACUCGAGCGAACCCCGACAGUGGCAAGCUGAAAUCCCCAAAAUUUCCUCUUCGGAAGCUGGGAAUAUCAUCGCCGGUGGCCUCUCCUGACCCACGAACCCCUCAAACCUAUACUAACGAGGCGCCGCCUUUGUCCCCGCGGUUUUAUAAUCCUGGACCGCCGCCAAUGGCUCCCCGAGCACCUCCGGCCUCGGCCAUCGGACAUGGCAUGCCCCCUUCAGGUCGUGCCCGGCCGCCAGCUCCACUGAACCUCACUACUGCAUCCCCCCCAUGCACAAGUGCCCCAGCUACCAAGACGACAAUCCUGGAGCGCCCUACCAAGAACCGCACUGGGCCAAUCACAGGAGUUCCGACUCCAUACAGUGCCUACAUGCCUUUCACCCCUGUCACCCCAUUCACACCAGGCCGGACUGUUAACAAGCGACAACGGAAACGCGAGGAGAAAGAAAAUGGACUUCGAGCCUUGCAUGAAGACGACUUGGUCAAGGACGAUACUGACAUGUGGUGA